GGAUAUUAUACGCCGUAUUCCAUUGAGCAUCGAGAUUUUUGCAUGACUUUUCGGUAAUGCCCAAGACAAAGUCCGGCAACCCCGCUCUCAGUCAAAUUUAUAGCACUCAAUUUUUUUUUUGUUUGCAAAAGUCAAAGAAGCUCUACUCAAUGUCCCUCACAACAAUUUCACCAGUCCGAUUCUUUUUUCGAGCAUCACAGACCAUUCCAUCAGUGACUCAUGCUAGGGCUAUUGCAAAGGAAUUCAACCGAUUUGGUGAAUUACUAGAAUAUAAAUUCAUUCGGUGCCCAGAGACACACGCCUAUCUCAACUAUGGAUUUGUCACAUUCAAAGACAAAGCACAUACCCUUAAAGCGAUAUCGGAAACAGGAGGGUUUUUGAAAAUGAAUGCACCUUUCGAACAACCCAUCGAUGUCAAGCUUGAGAAAACAAGCCUUCGAAAUAACAACCCGUCAAAAGACAAGUCCAAAUAAACCAUCAUCAUUCCAAUAGAUAUAGUCAAAAAAUCAACCUUCUCAUUAAUAUAAAGAAUGUCAUACAUUACAUGGCUAGUAGUGAGGCUGAGCAAAUUGGGAAAGGAAAUUCAUAGUAAACGUCGGCAUAUAGGUUGCUCAACCGAACUUGCUCCAGAUAAUGAGAACAAUGA